CCGUAGCUAACGCUAAUUGGUUGGUUGAGCUAAACGUACGUAAUUUUGCACACGGUCAAGCGCACUGGAUCACGUUACUCUGCUGCUGCCAAAAAAAAAAAAAGAGAAGAGCUGCUGCUGUUUGCCACGGCCAUACUUCGGCCGCGGUCGAGGACAACUUUAUCGUCGAAUUUUAUUUCACUGUAGUUUUGGACGGUCAUGUGCUGGCCUGCAACGCAUAAAGGAACGCUGCCAACGAGUUGGAGGAGCAUGCCAUUGACUGUUUCCUGUCAUGGGAGGCAGGCAUCAUGGAUCAGCUCAGCCCAGCUCACAAGGCUAUGUUCCCUGCUGUGCUAACAUUACGGUGUGGACAAGGACGGUGCCAAACGUGGAGAGUAUCUGGCUCCGGUAGUCCUGAAUGUUGUCCGCCUCGGCCAGGAGGAAGGCGUGCCGCAGGAGCUGCUCGCAGGGUAGUUCUCUGGGAAGAGGUGCUGCCUGGACGCAGAGACGAUGCCUCCGGGUUUCACCAAGGCCAUGAGGAGCGUGGUGUAGAGGUCCUUCCUCUGAUAGUAGUCCUCCAGGUGGUUCUCAUGCACCUGCCACCACUCCUUAAACAUGGUGUUGCCCUCUGUGUGGUCACGCAGGAGGCGAAUUACAGUUUUGUCCACCCCACGCCUUGCGGUCAGCACGGCCGGAAACCUGGCCCGACGAGCCUCGCUCAGCUGCUGCAGAAUGACAUCGUCCCACGCCAGCCACCGACCCAUGGGACCACUCUGUCCACCCCUGGCAGCCUUGAGGCACGGUCCGUAGGAAACCACCUCUGUCACCAUGGCGUACCAACCGCGCGCACACUUGGAGAGGUGUGCGUUGCCUCCGGCCCCAGCGCACUUAUCACCACGCGGACACUUCAGGGAGCACCGCCACACUCUGAUGGGGUGCCAGAAGAAAACACUGCUGCCAUAAAAGGCCUGCGGAGUGGGGAUGCCGCCGCUAACGAAGCCGGGUGGCUCAGGGGGGUAAAACCACAUCCGGUCAGAGUUCAGGACGCGCCGCCUUCUAAUGACGCCCUUGAUGUCCUUGUACAUUUGGACGGGCGUAAAGAGGCCUCUCUCGCUGUCCUCCUUCAGCCAGGGGAUGUCUGCAGAUGGGAUGCCAUGGGACUCUUCCCACAGCCUCCCGCACCCAGCCUUCCAGCUCCACCUGCAAGACACAACAUUUAG